GUCGGUGAAGUCCGCAUUACAAUCCAGCCAGGGUGCGUCAGGGGGUCCUGAUGUGACUCUGCAGGGUGACCAGGGGCCCCUUCUUUGUGACCAUGCAGCCCAAUCAAAGUUUCAAGCAUUGUCUGCCAUUUGGACUCUUGAGAACAGCUGUACAAGAGAGGCACACGACGUUUGCACUGCUGACAAACUUGCUUCAAUGGCUGCGGUUUGUCUUGUCUGCAGCGCCACUUGCCGUGUGCCCCAGACCGCGCGGGCGCCUCAGCUGCCGCUCCAGCGAAUGGCAGGCGCAUGUUUUAUGUGAAUUCGCGCAGGUCGCAGCAGUGGCGCCAGGGUCCAGCCACAGGCUUUCCAGCACAGUCUCGCCAAAGGCAGCUUCAGUGUCGCGGCCGCAGCGCACACAUGCCUCGAACAAACAGAAACGUGGGAGCGGGGAAAGGUGGUCCAAGAGGCCAUUGUUUGCCACGAUGGCCUUCGUUUGGCCCAGUCAUUCGAAUGCACCAACCCCAAACCGCAUGCGUGUUGCAGCAACGGGCUAUGUGAAAACGUGACAACCCUAAUAUGCUGAAUAUGUUGAAUCAAAGCCAGUAGCACUGGCCAGCAUGCUGCCAACCGAGUCUAUUAUGCGCUUAGCAGUGUCGCGAUCAUGCCAUGAUUUUCAUGCACCCAAGCUCCUAAGUCGACUUGAUCGUCCCCAGCCUGCGUCGGUCUUCGUCAUUUCCUCCCAUGUGGCCUUGCAACUGUUGAAGCCCCGCUCAUCGAAAAUACCCUCAUCCUGUCAGAAGGAUUUCCCACAUCGCAUGAAAGGCAUGUUGACGUCAGCCUUGUUGCCCCUCACCGGAGCAAACUUGAUGUCUGUCGCAUCCUGAGAAGGCAAUCAAUUCGGUCUUUUUCGAGGAAGGCUUUGGUAGAUUGAACAGCAUGCGGUCAGGAAAUGCCAUGAGGAGGCUCAAUCAAAUAUCUCGGCAUGCCUGUGCACA